CUCGUUUGAAGCAGUAUAAGAACUUUGAGAGUGUUCCUUCUUCCUCUCACGAAGAGCUAGGAAAGGUAUGCAAACAAGUGAAGAAAGGCUAUGGCUUCUAUGAUUUUCAAUUUAAUACAAGACUUGUCAAGUCCACAAUCGUACAUUUUCAGGUAAUGUUUGUGCCUUCCUUUUUUUCCCUUGAUUCUUGGUGUUGCAGAAUAACACAAGUAGUUGUAAUGGAGAAAUUACCCAAAAUCUAUCCAGUCAGUCCAUUAUAGUAGUCGUCAGUAAUAUUCUCGUCCUAUUUAGUUUUAAUUCCAUCACUUGUCACCUUCCUAUCAAGAAAAAGGAAAAAAGUGGCAGAACGUUAACUGGCAUGAAUCUUAGUUCAUUGUCUAUGUUUCCUACGGAAGGGAAAGGCUCCUUUUCUGAAUUAUAAGUAUUGUAUUCUAAUACAAAUAUGUGGUAUGGUAAACAUCUAGUACUGACUUAGUUCAUUAGUUCAUAAUUUUCUAGGUCAUUUAAGAUAUGUUGAUCAGUAAUCCUUUGAUGGGGUCAGGUAUAACAUAGACAUAUUCCGUGCAACAUCCUGCAUCAAUCCAUGUUGAGGGCUUUCACAAAAUUUUCAUACAAUCAUAAUGAAGGUUUUCAGUUUGUACAUGUUAGAUAAUAAGAUAAGGUAAGUGUACUCAAUUUUCGAAAAAAGCCCCAAUUGUUUGCUUGAUGUUUGCUUUCUAUCUGAAGCGCAUUAGGUCCAGCUACCAUUUUCUUCUUAUAAAUUUAUGCACUUGCACUAGCAAACUUCAGGUUGAUGCUAGAAUGUAAUAACUGGCAUGCUGUUUAGUGGUUGAGAAAUCUAGUUAUUACAUUAAGCAAACAACCAAAUUCUGGUCUGACCGAACUGUUUUAUGUGGCACUAAUUAAGCAAUCUCAUCUUACAUAAUGAUUAUCUAUUUAUAUAUUGUUUGACCCAGUGGCAAUAUGCCAUGAAGUCCUAUUUACUUUGUCCUUUUUGUGCAGAUAAAUGAAGGUUUAACCAUAAAUACUCUUGCUUUGAUUAUAUAUACACAAAUUGUUCUAAAAUUAAAGGAUGAGUCCUGUAAGGUGCUAUCUUUAGUGAUUUCUGAUAGGUGGUAACAUGAUCUUUCCUACAUGUGUACAUAUGGCCCCUUGUCUGCUUAGCUAAAUACCCUUCUAGGUAUAUUCAUCAUUUUCUGCAUGUAAGUUAUUUUAUCUAGCAUCUAGUUCUGUGUCUUGGAAUUGUUGUUUGGUGGCUGUAAAUUGUGUAGGCCUCGCUAAAAGAGCUCCUGAACAUGUUCACUUACAGAAUAUUUGCAUCUUUUCUUAAUUUUAGAGUGUAAGCAAUAUAUCUCAUACAUAAUCCUUGUUGAUGAAGUAUAGGAGUGCUUCUAAAUGGAUUUGCUACUAGCUGACACUGCCACUUUGCCUUCUGAGAUUUCUUUUUAAUGUUCACUGUAUACUUGGAGUCAAUACUUGAUUGUUGACAAGUUCUAUAAUUGUAUGAGUCAGAGCAUCUUGAUCUAUUGAUCUUUAUUAACAAUGUAUGUAUUUUUAAUUUUAUUUUGUUUAGGCGGUUGCAACUUGCAGUCCAUGUAUUAAUUGCUGUCCGACAAUGUUGCAAAUUUAUCUGUUUAUACUAUCAGAUUCUACUGUACUUUUCUAUUUGCUUGGACUCGUUUGUGUUGAACUUUGCUCAAAAGCAAAACCAUGUUAGCGCUUCAAAGUGGUGUUGCAACUUUAUUGUUUUCAUUAGCAUUAUAUAUUUGCCUUAACCGCUCCGUGGCAUUAGAAUUUUAUCUGUCUGUAGCAGGAUGGAGUUGUAUCCGAGCAGCUGGCGCUUAAAGGAUACGUUGCAAUAUGCUGAGGGAUCUGCUGUGGGCUACAUCUAAACAUGAUGUUUAUCUUAUGCAAAACCAUUCUGUCAUGCACUGGUCUGCUUUACGUAAGAGAGGCAAAGAAGUGCUUAAUGUGGCAAGACCAAUUAUACCUACAACGAAAUGCCUCCGAUCGCUUCCUCAACCCUUGUCUAGGGUACAAAUUAGCACGAUGUGUGUGAAGAAUAAUCUUUUGGUAGCUGGUGGUUUUAAUGGGGAGCUCAUCUGCAAGUACUUAAAUCAGCAGGAAGUGGCAUUUAGUACAAAAUUAACGACGGAGGAAAAUGCUAUCACUAAUUCCAUAGAUAUGUUUCAAAGCCCUAGUGGUUCAAACUGGGUGGUAACUGGCAACAAUGAUGCUCAAGUCAGAGUUUUUGAUGCUGCAAACUUUGUUUGCUUCAACCGUUUUUGUUUCCCAUGGUCUGUGAAUAACACCUCGGUUAGUCCAGAUGGCAAGUUAAUGGCUGUCCUUGGUGACAAUGCAGACUGCUUGGUUUCUGAUUCUCACACAGGGAAAGUCGUUGGUACCCUCAAAGGGCAUGUUGAUUAUUCAUUUGCUUCAGCUUGGCAUCCUGAUGGACAAAUCUUGGCCACUGGAAAUCAGGACACAACAUGCAGACUCUGGGAUAUCCGAAACAUGUCUCAGUCCUUUGCAACACUUAAGGGAAGAAUGGGUGCUAUAAGAGCAUUGAAAUUCACCUCAGAUGGCCGGUUUAUGGCCAUGGCUGAGCCAGCCGACUUCGUUCAUAUCUUCGAUACACAAUCUGGUUUUGAGAAGGCGCAAGAAAUUGAUUUGUUUGGAGAGAUUGCCGGAAUUUCCUUCAGCCCCGACACUGAAGCAUUGUUUGUUGGGGUUGCUGAUCGGGCUUAUGGUAGUGUGUUAGAGUUCAAUAGAAAACAUUAUAGCAGAGGAUACUUGGAGGCCAUGUUUUAGGGAAUGUGCCUCUUGCAAGUGUCUGCCAGAAGACCUGUUGUUUCCAAGAGUGAGGAUGUGAGAUGCAGAUAGUUGGACAUAAUAGUUGAAGCUUUUCUUUUUGUGCAAUUUGCAGUUUGGAGGCAUUAUUUUUUUGGGCUGAUGCCGGUGCCUUGUAAGUUGUAGUCAUAUAGUUCAGUUUUCGGCUGGUUUUUGUUACAAUCGGUUUUUCGUCUUUUUUUUUUUGUGCCUUGCUCGAUUGUGGAAGGAGUGUGUUUUGUUAGGUCUGUUCUGAUUGUAGGUGGGAAAUUAUCUUGUUUAUAUUUGUGCUUCUAGUUUCUGAUCGCAUGAGAAAAUGUAAAAAAUAUCUUGUUCUUGGGGGAUGUUUUUUCAAUAGAUACUUUGUAUAUCAAAAAAUUUCAAUGUGAGAUUGUGUAAAUGGUGGUUGAAAUCA